ACUGACAAAUCGUAUGUACAUUUGUCAGUCGUCAAGUGAACAUUAAUACGAUACGUCUGUCUAUACAGUUUGUUAUAUUAAAAGUGCUUAUAAUUAAAACAGUUUAACUUUAAAAGUGUUUUAUUAUUUCUUUCUAUCAUUACUGGAUCACAUAUGUUUAUGCCCUAACCGGCGUACUACAAGAUUGACAACAAACAAAUUGCUUUAUUUUGUAUAUUUAGUAUAAUUUUUUGUAAUUAAAAAAAUAAAAUAUGAAUUCGACGACUAGAAAUUUUGGUAGUUUUGAGUUUGACAAAAAUGGCGUUCGUUUUAAAUAUCGAAUACAAACUGCGACCGGUGAUCAUUUUGACGAAAUCUUCGAACAACUUGGAUAUGAUUUCCUUAAACAAGAGCGCUUGAAUGCGGCAAUGAAUAUCAUUAGUGAUUUUGAAGCAGUCGAAAUUCAUAAGAGCGUAUGGAGGGACAUGGUAUGUAACGGAACAACAUUAAUAGCUCUUGUCGAAAACGACUGUGUAGAACAAGGCAAAAUAAUAGGAUUUAAUUUUACUUAUGUGGAGAAGAAAGAUGAAGAUUUUUCCUGGGCGUCGUCCAAUAAAAUGUGUCGGCAAAUGUCAAAAGUUUUGUCUGAAGUAAGCCGACCAGGAAACAUAUUCGAAAAGUACAACGUCGAUCGAUAUUUAGCAGCAUUUGGCUUGAUGGUCCACGUCGACUUUGCAGGCAGUGGAAUUGGUUAUCGACUACUCGAGUCCAGGCAAAAAUUGUGUAAAUGUUUGGGCUUGUCUGCAACGGGCACGGUAUUCACGGGCUACAUAUCUCAACAUUUAGCAACAAAGUUGGGAUUUGAAGUCCUUUCAUCGCUCGACGACGAACAUAUCGAUUUCGGAGAUAUAGAAUCCCAUUUAGAUGAUACCAAAGGGAAAGAUAUAAAGUUCAUGGCACUAAGAUAUACAUGAGCCACUCUACACUGAUAUGUAAAUUAUUAAAAUUUCAAAUAUUAAUUAGUAUGAAUUUAAAUAGUUUAUUUAAAUAUAUUAAAAUAAAAAUUAUUUCAAAGAAAUUCAAUUUAUUACGAGUAAGUAGACUUAAAAUUGAGGCGCGAUCAAAAUAUACAAUACAAAACAGUAUGAA